AUGGAGAGAGACUCCGCUUCUCCUCCCGCGAACUACACCCGCAGUGAUGGCAUAGAAGUAAGAUUCGUGCCGAGCGGAAGCGUCGCAGGAAAGGAGUCACACAGGAGCAGCAGCGGUCGUAAUGGUGAUGACAAUGGGGCAGAUGAUGAAGACGGCGACGAUGACAAUGGCGUCAGCAGCUAUUUGUACAAAGAUGACACGUUUGCUUAUGAUCAGACGAAGAGGCUACUCGAUAUGGAGCUACUCGGAGAAAUAUCAAAAGCCACACAAACCAUUAUUGUAGAUGAGGAGAAGAAGAAAAGAGUUUCUAUGCAUAAGGUUUAUGGAGGAUGGUUUGACUUCCUUGGAAUUAUGGUUGUAAAUGGUUACACGAUGAAACCAGAGGAAGGAGAGAAUAUGAAGCUACACAAAGCAGCAGCUUUAGAUGUAGUGCCAAAAAAUAUGCUACAUGAAUUUAGAGAACUCGUGAUGAAGAAGCAAGAUGGGUAUGAUAAUGGAUAUGCCUUCGGAUUGUGGAGAGACUUCCCUCAGGAUAAGUUCGUCCCGUGGAGGUACUCCGUGGAAUUAUUCCUGUGGGAUCUUCUAAAUGUGUUGCCGCACGAGUUGCCCCACCCCGCCAACUUGAUAAUGACCUACAAGGAAAACGGCAUCCCCAAGGAGGAAGAAAAGGACAUCCAACCGAUGAGCGUAGAUGAGCAGAAGCAGGAAGGGGACAGCCAAAGGGACAGCCAUAGGGACAGCCAAAGGGACAGCCAUAGGGACAGCCAAAGGGACAGCCAUAGGGACAGCCAUAGGGACAGCCAAACGGUGGACCACGCAGCCAAUUUGGAAGCCAAACGAUCGAGGGAAGAAAUCCUCAACUGGCACCAGGUCAUACAGAAUAAGAUCUCCUCCUACCCCGGAUUUGAAGUCAAAAUUGUAGCGGCCAACGACUAUAUGAAGGCUAUCGGAUACAGCAACGAAAUCUUUGCGAGAUACUACAAUGCCAAAAAUGGAAAUGCAUAUAUAUUUCUUAUAUUGAUAAAUAAGGACUUCUUCGUGGAUGAAUUUGUUCAAAAGGGAUCCACUCAUGAUGAAUAUGUACAGGCAAAACAGAACUACUUUACUGAAAAGAUGAACGAAAUUUUGGAGGGAUUGGAGAGAAUUCUUGAAGAAUUAAAGGAGGAGUUAUUCCCAGAUGAUGAAAAAACGAAGCCAGUAAUUACGUUUUAUAACUACCUAGCUGAUGAACAGAAUUACGAAAAAUUGAAUCCGCACAUCUUGGGAGAAAUUGCUGGCAUUACCAAGCACUUAAAGUGUGAUCAACUUCGAAGCAAUGAGGAUGAUAGAUGCACUAAAGACGUAUCGAUACAUCACAAAUAUGGAGGAUGGUUCGAAUUUGCUGGUGCUAUUAAUGUAAAGAAUGUCAAUUUUGUUCCCACCAAGUAUGAGAAGCAUGGUGAAUUCAUAAAGAAGAAAUACGAAGAAGCUAUUCUGACUCAAGCUAACUGUAACUGCCAAGACGCAUGGUUAUGGAAAGACCUACCUGAACGUAACAUGGCUCCAUAUAGAUAUCCUCUCCAGGUUUUCGCCUUAGAAAAUCCUCAGUUUAAUAUCCUAAACUUGAAAGAAAUGCACCCUUUUAUUGUAAUGGAUAUUCUUAACAAAGGUUUACAAGCUCUGAAGGUCCAAUCGCAACAACAGAAUGCAGCUGUGGAGGAUGAGGAAGAAGGACAGGUCGUCACGAAUAAUGGAGAUGGAAGUAGCAGUGACCAUGACAAUGGUAAUAACUCCCUUUCGGCUAGCCAAACCAAGUUUAACUACAUCACCAGGGAGUGUAUGAAAAAGGAUGAUGUGGAAGCUCCCCAAAUGACAACCAGCAUGGAGAGCAAUACCGAGGAUGAUGAUGAAGCGAGGGAGAUUGACCAAAAUGAGUACAUUACUGAAAAUGCCGAAUCGGAUGCAAGCAAUGAAGCAGAGGAGACAGAAUACACAGAGGACAAGUACGUAGAGGAGGAGGAAAUCGAUGGGGGUGAAUACGUUGAGGUGAAUGAAGGACUUUCUGCGAAACCAGCCAUGCAGCCACUCCCCCAGGUUGAGUACGAAACUGAGACAAGCACCAUCCAAGAACCACAAAACAGCAAUAACGCAGUCAGCAGUGUAGGAAGCAACGAGGGAGAGAAUAACAACGGGGAGAACAUCCUCUUUAGAGACAUCACCAAAAAUUUUGGAGAUAACGAAACGCUUGGUGGAAGUAAAAGAGAUGGAAGCGACGUGUUGAAAGCAGGCCACUUUGGUAUCAGCGGAAGUCUACGAGCAGUGACCGACCUUGUGACCAAGCACCUUGGAAGUGGAAAAAGAAGAAACGCAGGUGGAAACGGUGACGACGAUGACGACGACGACGAUGAUGACGAAGACAACGAUGACGAAGACAAUGAUGAAGACAAUGGUGUUACCAACGAGGGAAAUAACGAUGACGACGACGAUGAUGAGGACAAUGAUGAUGGAAACGUGUAUGCUACGAGUGAAUACCUACAGAAGCAUGCGUUCGGUGGAGAGAUCUCUCCGGACUUCAAGUCCAAGCUGUACGUAUUCAUCAUCGUGUGCUUGGUGUUAAUUUGCAUUGCGCUCAUUGUGAGCAUUGCUAUGAGAUUGUACGAUACCCUGAUGAAGAGAAAAAUUGUGGACCUGAACCGCACUGUCUUAUCCUUCAAGGACCGCGAGGACAUCCCCGUGGUGCAGGGCAUCCCCGCCCCAUGGAUGAACGCCUGA